UUUGUUUGAUGGGGUUGUCAGACUGUCUAAAGGGACUAAAUUUGUUUGGUUUUAAUGUCUAGUCUCUGAUUUGUCCUGUUUUUAAGCUUACAAGCCAAAACUAGACCAAAUAUAUUUCUUUUUCUAUUUAGGAAUUUUAUAGUAAUACUACUACGGAGUACUCUAGAAGAUUAGCGGUCCAUAUUUGAAACUUUGGUGACAGUUGACAGCGAUGUACUACGGAGUACAUUUCCAGUAUAAAUGCAGAGGAAGCAGAGAGGAGGCAAUUGCAAGGAGACCAUCCAGUCAUCCAGAGCCCAGGAUACCUCGACGACGUCAGCCAUGUCCGCCGCCUACGACCGCACGGCUGAUCUCAGAGCGCUGGACGCCACCUGCUCCGGCGUCCGCGGCCUCGCUGCCUCCGGCAUCACGCAGCUCCCCCGCAUUUUCCGCGUCCCCGACCACCACCACGAAUCACCGCCACCGCAAGCUCUCUUCCAAGAAUCGCCCUCGUCAGCGGCGUCCAUUCCGGUGAUUGACCUCGGCGGCCCCGACCGCGCCGCCGUGGUCGCUGCCGUCCGCCGGGCGGCCGCGGAGUGGGGAUUCUUCCAGGUGACGGGUCACGGCGUGCCUCUGGAGUCUAUGGCCGCGGCGACCGACGCGACGCGGGGAUUCCACGAAGCCGACGGCUGCGAGGGCAGCGACAAGGCCAGGCUCUACUCGCGUGAGCCUGACAAGGCGGUCAAGUACCACUGCAACUUCGACCUGCACCAGUCGCCGGUGGCGAACUGGCGCGACACGCUCUACCUCCGCAUGGCCCCCGACCCGCCCGACCACGGCGAGCUGCCGGACAGCUGCCGCGAUGUGUUGUUUGAGUACGCCAAGCAAUUAAAGAUGUUGGGGAAGACUUUGUUCGAUCUGCUCUCGGAAGCUCUUGGGCUCAAACCGAGCUACCUGACAGAUAUAGAGUGCAACCAAGGACAGGUGAUAGUAUGUCACUACUACCCUCCAUGCCCCCAGCCUGAACUCGCCAUCGGGACAAGCCGGCAUUCAGACUAUGGCUUCCUAACCAUACUUCUCCAAGAUGAAAUUGGUGGCCUUCAAGUCCUCCAUGAUGACCGGUGGAUCGAUGUCACACCGACACCUGGAGCAUUCAUUGUGAACAUCGGUGAUCUCUUACAGCUGGUCUCCAACGACGGGUUCAGGAGUGUGGAACAUAGAGUUUUGGCGAAGAACGCUGCGCCGAGGGUAUCCAUCGCGUGCUUCUUCAGCACACAGUUCCACCCUGCCUCGACGAGGAUGUAUGGUCCAAUCAAGGAGCUGUUGUCCAAUGAGAAUCCGCCGUUGUACAGGGAGACCCUUGUCAGAGAUUACGUGAAGCAUUAUUUCUCCAUCGGGUUAGAUGGGAAAACCGCGAUCUCUGAUUUCAGGUUGUGAGUUGUGAGGUUGAGUUUAUGUCCUACUUGUCUAAUGCUCAGAAAGUGAUUGUAAAAUGGCAGUAUAACUGUCAGAAUACUGUAUAGUGUAGUGUCAAAAAUGCUCUUAUAUUAUGGGA